ACAGCCCGUCAUUUACCUGACGCUUUUUUACCUGAAGACGUAAAUAACAAUGGCUGUUUCGGUGUUUUCGGUUUUGUUGCAUUUUGUAGAAAAAUACGCAACCGGAACACCGAAUAAAAUAAAAGUAAUAGAUGCUUAUUUGCUGUACGUGUUACUGACAGGAGCUUUUCAGUUCCUGUAUUGUUUGGUGGUGGGAAGCUUUCCGUUUAACAGCUUUCUGUCAGGAUUCAUUUCCUGUAUCGGUUCGUUUACUCUGGCAGUGUGUCUGCGCAUUCAGGUCAAUCCAGAGAAUAAAGAACACUUCGUGUUUGUGUCACCGGAAAGAGCUUUUGCUGACUUCCUGUUUGCACACGCCAUCCUUCAUCUCGUGGUGAUCAAUUAUAUUGGCUGAAUGAAUUUCACCUUCUCACCUGGUGCACCUUUUCCCCCCAGGUGUGGAGAUAUACGGAUGAUUUACUGACCAACAACUGUCAAUGAACAACAGCUCAUGCCAUGAAAAUGCACACUUUCAUAUGUUUAAUAUCGUUGUUUUUAUUGUUUUGUGCUUGUCCAUCUCAGGAGUAAAGUUUUCUAUCUUUUGUAGCCAGGUUUGUUACAAUGACUAAAUGAGCAAUAAAGGAAUUAUAAAA